AUGUUCAUGCCAAAUAACCACUUCGACACACCUCCGGCCGGGGACGGUUACACAUCGGCCACAUAUCCUCCCUCGCAAAGCAUUUCAUUAAGCAUCGAAGCAAUCAGCGGGAUUACAGGAUCGGUAUCGAUUGCCUGUUGGCUUGUGGUCUUUACACCGCAGAUUGUCGAGAAUUUCAAGCGAGGUUCUGCAGAGGGUCUAUCGUUAACAUUCCUGAUAUUAUGGCUUCUUGGAGAUAUCUUCAAUGUCCUGGGCGGGAUAUUGCAAGGCGUUAUACCAACAAUGCUUAUCCUGGCGAUAUACUACACAUUCGCUGAUAUUGUUCUUCUAAUCCAAUGCUUCUAUUAUCGCGCAUACGCCCAGAAACCCCUGCAAGAGUCGCCUGUCACCAAUGGGCACCAUCACGAACCCGCUCGUCCCGGUACGGCAGGUUCCGAACAUGAUCCAACAGAAGAAUCCCCUCUUCUCUCUCGCACGAUAUCCGACUUCUACGGUGAAGAGCGUCGCGGCAGCCUCUCCAUCCUGGCGGAUCAAGCUCAUCACUUAUCACCCGCAAACCCUUUGCACAGCCUUCCACCAUCCCGUCCGGAGAGUAUACAUAAGAUUUAUACCAACGGCGAGUAUCCAAUUGGUGGGAGCUCGACGGGGGACCUUGAUGGCACAGGCGCUUCUCGUGGACAACAAGCUCGGAAUGGUAAUAAGUUUUGGAAGAGCGUACUUCGUGACGCCAUUGCUGUUUCGCUUGUUAUCUUCGCCGGAAUAGCUGGGUACUAUCUCACUCCUUCAAACGGAAAUACGAAAGAUCCUCAUAUCCCCGAACACAAGCCUCUCGAGUUCUCUUUCUACGGGCAGAUUUUCGGAUAUUUGUGCGCAGUACUAUAUCUCGGGUCUCGAAUUCCACAGAUAGUCUUGAACUACCAGCGAAAAUCGUGUGAAGGCGUUGCAUUUCUGUUCUUCUUGUUCGCAUGUCUGGGGAAUGUGACAUAUGUGAUCAGCAUUUUGGCCUACAAGCCUGGAAGGGUGGAAGACGGAGAAGGGUAUUGGAGGUAUGUCGCCGUGAACGCGAGUUGGCUCCUAGGAAGUCUGGGGACUUUGGGACUAGAUUUUGUGAUCUUUGUCCAAUUUUUCAUGUACCGGGCCGAUGAGUAUGGUGAUGAUAGCGCCAUCAUGAGCGAUUCUGAUGAGGAGAGACCUAUCGAUGACGACGAAGCUACUAUUCGACCCUCGUCGUAA